CGCCACUGCAUACAUACAGGUCUGGCUUUAUCAUUAUAGUCAGAGAGUGCAUUGGUUGUUUAAAACAUGCCAUCUGUGUGGAAUAUAUAGUGGAAAAUUUGACCGAAUACGGUUACACGAUUCUGCAUGUUUAUUUACUAUUGAUCGUAGUUUCCGAGCAUAUUUCUUUUGUAAACGUCGCGAACUAUUUUUACACCACCCAAGUACCUCGUGUUGAUAUAUCCGCCAUCUUGAAAAGCGCGGAAAGAACGUUUGGCAUUCUUUGGACAUAUGAACAAAUUGACUGAUCUCUUUUGAGGAGUGAAAAUGUCAUUUCCUCCAAGACCACCAAUAGGCAUGCCUCCAAUGGGGUAUGCCUACGCUCCUGUUGGUAUGAUGCCCAUGGGAAUUGGAAUGAUGCCCCAAUCAGUGAUGAGACCAAUAGUGACAACUCAAAGUGCUGUAACACAACCAGCCAAAGCAUUCAACAGAAAACUAGUUCCUCAAGAAAUUCCAAAGGAUGAGAAAGAAGAGAAGCCGCCAGUAACAACAGUGUUUGUUGGGAACAUCAGUGACAGAGCACCUGAUGCCAUGAUACGCCAGAUGUUACAGAGAUGUGGAAAUGUACUUAGUUGGAAACGUGUACAAGGUGCUUCAGGAAAAUUACAAGCUUUUGGGUUUUGUGAAUAUGAAGAUCCAGAAGCAACACUUCGUUGUAUGAGACUGCUAAAUGAAUGGGAAAUAGCAGACAAGAAAUUAGUUGUGAAAGUCGAUGCUAAAACAAAGACUCUCUUGGAUGAAUACAUUAACAAGAAGAAAUCUAAGACAAGUGAAAUCGAUGGAGAAGACAAAGAAAAGAAAGAGAAUGGAGAUAAAGAAGAAAGUGAGACUAAACUAGAGGAAGCUCUGGAUGAAUUCACCAAAAGAGAAGAUCGUGUGGCUAAGGCAGGUCUGGAUGCCAUUAUGAGAGAGUAUGCAGGGGACCUCACAAAGAAGGUGUUUCCAGAUGUUGAAAAGGAAUCCAAGCCAGUCAAAAAGAAAGUUGAAGAAGAAAAGAUAAUUAAAGAUACGGGAAUCGAUGACAUAGAUAUAGAAGAUGACAAAAGGGAGAUAAUUCACAGAGAGAUCAAGAGUUUCCGGGACCUUCAUAAAGGCGAGGAUGAGGCAGAAAAAGAUGCUGAAAAAGAUAAAGAAAGGGAAGAAAGAUUCAAACUCGCUGAGGAGAGGCGAAGACGCGAGAGGGAACGAAUGAAGGAGAGGGAACGUGAGCGGGAAAGAGAACUAGAAAAGGAACGUUACGAAAGGGAGAGGGAACGCAUCAGGAGUCGAACAAGGUCAAGGUCGCGAUCACCAAGGAGAUGGAGGGAAAGGUCAAGAUCCAGAGAAAAGGACAGAAGGAAAGAACGUGAUCGAGACGCUGAAGAUGAAGAGGAGGCAUAUGAAAGGAGGAAACUAGAGAAAAAGUUACGGGAAAAAGAAGCAGCAUAUCAAGAGAGACUGAAGAAUUGGGAAGCAAGGGAGAGAAAAAAGGCUAGAGAGUACGAGAAAGAACGGGAACGGGAAGAGGAGAGAAAAGCAGAGGAGGCUAGGGAGGCACGGAGAUUAAAAGAAUUCCUGGAAGAUUAUGAUGAUGAAAGAGAUGAUAUAAAAUAUUACAAAGGCAGCUGUCUGAACAGAAGACUUAAAGAAAGAGAGAAGGAAAGAGAAGCUGAUGCUAGAGACCGACAGAGAGAGAAGGAAGAAUUGGAAGAAAUUAAGAGGAAGUUGCUGGAUGAGGGACAUCCAGAUCCAGAGGCUGAAUUAAUGAAGAUUGAGUUAGAAAGAGAAGAGCAUCUAAAGCCACGUCUAAAUAUCUCCGAAGAAAGUCCACCCCCCACCCAGAAGGAGCCAAUCCGAGUGGACUCCUCCGACGAGGCUGAGGAGGAGGAAGAGGAAAAGCCCCAGUUACCCCCCAACAUGAAGUCCACCCUGAAACCGAUUGAUGUAUCCAACAGUGUCACGCCCAUGUCGGAGGAUAAUGACAGUAAUUUCCCUCCCCCAGACGAGGACUCCCAACCUGUAUAUGGUCCCACCAAGGAGGAGAAUGCAAAGCUAGGAUUUGGUGGACUGAAAUUAGGUAGCUCCACCAGUCCUGCUGAUACAACAUCCAGCAAACGAAAGAAGCUGACUGUUGGCGACGUCUUUAAUCAGGAUGAUGAGGAUGGUUCAUCAGGUUCCAAAAAACGGAAACUUGUACCUCUGGAUUAUGAUGACGACAAGGAUGGGAAGAAAGGGGCCACUGCAGAGGAAAAACGGAUAAAAAUCAAACAACUCAUCGAGAGCAUUCCCACAGCCAAGGAGGAACUAUUUGCUUAUCCUCUGGACUGGACGAUUGUGGACCAGGUUCUUAUGGAUAAAAGAAUCAAGCCCUGGGUCAACAAAAAGAUAAUUGAAUAUAUUGGUGAAGAGGAACCCACCCUGACAGAAUUUAUAUGUCAGAAAGUGAUGGCUAGGAGUGGACCGCAGUCAAUACUAAAUGACGUAGCUAUGGUGCUAGAUGAAGAGGCGGAAGUGUUUGUGGUGAAGAUGUGGAGAUUACUCGUGUAUGAAACAGAAGCCAAAAAACUUGGUCUAGUCAAAUGAUGGUUGUGUGGUAAACCUGGUUUUCAUGUACCAGAAGUGUGAAUGAUAUUAAAUGCCGAACUGGGAGAGUAUGUAUGUGUAAACUAACUGAGGACAAGAUGUGAAUGACCAGAUGUGAAUGACCCGGGACAAGGUGUAUGACCCGGGACAAGGUGUAUGACCCAGGACAAGGUGUGAAUGACCCAGGACACGUAUGAUGUAGUGCUUCCUCCAUGUUUUGGUCAUGCUCUGUUUCAGCUACCAUUCCACCUAGACAAUCCAGGUUUUUACAUUGGUUGUGGUGCAGACCCUCAUACUCGACGAAACAUUCAUUUAACUCAGCUGUCCAUUACAAAUCAUGAACUGAAAUCAGGAUGUUGAAUAACGAUGCAAGUUGUUGAUAUGUUAAGUGUACAUGUGAUUCAUGUGAUGCAAUCAUAUUGAACUGUUUUCUUUGUUGAAUGAGGUUUUAGAAGGAGUGAUGUCUGUUCCUGUUUUGAAUGAAUACAGAAUGUGAAAUCCAAUGAAUUAAAGCAUUGUAAAUACU